CGGAAGUGAAGCGCUUCUGCGUGCCUGUGCAGUGACGCUCCUCCUGCUAGCAUGCUAGCUGUGUCAGAAUUCAUUAUUGCGCGCGGACGAGUUGCGGGUUCAAUUCUGGUGUCACUGCGUCGGCUACUCUGGACAGGUCUACCGUCCUCUCAUUCGUUGCUGUCGCUUCGUCCCGCAGCCGAACAACUGGAGGAGGAGACCGCGAAGUGGUGGACCAUGAAAGUGCUAUGAAAAACUCAGGGGAAUAUUUGGGGAUUGGUUUGGUGCGAGUCCAAGCCGUUCGGUGGAGGAGAGGGAAAGUGUGUUGGUUUUUCCGACUUCCUCGUCUGCUGGACCGGUGCUGCAGCUGGAGGCGUGGAUACCAUGGCCAGUCCUCUGCAGGCUGACCUCUGCUUUGCAUGGGAGAAGUACAUGGACUGUAGGCUUCAAGGAGCGGACCUGCAGAUCAGUCUUCAGUGCCUGGAGAACUUUCUCUGCCUCUUCCAUUACGUGCAGCAUCAACCCAGCCGCAAUGCCAAAGAUGCUCUGAAAUUUUGCUCAGACAUGAGUGGAGCCAGUAACACACUGGCGAGAGAGUUCUUGACUGAUGUACAUCAACUGUGUAGCGCGGUGGCUCAGAGAGCAGAGGGACGUGAAGAGGACGAGGAGGAAAGUCACAUGGUCGCCCUAGGAGAGUAUCUGGUCCGGGGACGUGGCUUCCUGCUCCUCAGCACUCUGGAUUCUAUCAUAGACCAGGAGUUGACGUGCCGGGAGGAGCUGCUCACUUUGCUUCUGUCUCUGCUCCCGCUCGUCUGGAAGAUUCCCGUGCAGGAAGAAAAAGCCCCAGAUUUCACCCUGCCGUCACUGUUGGAUGUUUUCCUCAGCAGGGAGGCGAAGGCCGUCCCUGUCAGAGCCGGGCCAAAGACCACAACAGAAUCGCAGGACUUAGGAAAAAAGCUUCUUGUUGGCAGUGGCACGUGGAAGUCAAGGAGAUAUCGCCGAACAGCCCAAAGAUACUCUGUAAAGGAUGCUAGGAGGUCCCAGAUUUCUACCUCAGAUUCAGACACUAACGCUGAAGACAAAGUUGGCCCAAGCCAGGGGGGUUCUAGGAGCCGCAGGCUGCAUGGCUCCACCAUCCGGGUAAGCUGUCAGCAUCACCGAACUGAGGCCGCACAAGUAAAAUCUAACUCCAUUAGCACUAACACUGAAACCAUGAGUGCACCCUACCCACAUCCCAGACCUCCUGGAUCCCAGGCUUUUGACCAUGAAACCUUGACGGACCCGGCAGCAAUAUCGAUUUUUAACCGCAUGGAAAAUUCCCCUUUUGAUCUCUGCCAUGUGUUGCUUUCACUUUUGGAGAAGGUCUGUAAGUUUGAUAUGAGCAUCAGCCACAACCCCGGCCUGGCUGUCAGUGUUGUACCAACUCUCACUGAGAUAUUGACUGAGUUUGGCGACUGCUGUGGACCUGGAGGAGGGGGCAGCGUUGGGACGGGAGCAGAGGAGCUUGCAGGAGGUUGGACGGAAGAGCCCAUUGCACUGGUUCAGAGAAUGCUUUUGCGUACCAUUUUGCAUUUGAUGUCGGUAGAUGUUAGUCAAAGUGAAACACUCCCAGAUAGUCUCAGACGCAGUUUGACUGAUCUGCUACGAGCAACUCUCAAAAUACGUAGCUGUCUAGAAAGGCAGACGAAUCCCUUUGCACCGCGCCCCAAAAAAACCCUCCAGGAGGUUCAAGACGACUUUUCUUUUUCAUGUUUUCGACAUCGUGCGUUACUUCUUCCUGAGCUUCUGGAAGGGGUUCUUCAAGUCCUCUUGGGCUGCCUGCAGGCUUCAACUUCAAACCCAUUUUUCUUCAGUCAGGCACUGGAUCUCAUCCAUGAAUUUGUCCAGCAUCGCGGACUGGAACUUUUUGAAGUGACUGUCUUACGCCUGGAGGGACUUGGGAGGGCCAGAGAUACGGAAGUUGGGUCUGAAGCCUCUGAAAGGCUAAGAGGUUUGAUUGCAGGGAUAUUCAAAAUCAUAAGUGCUGUAAAAAAGGCGAAGUCAGAACAGUUGCACCAGUCUGUGUGCGCCCGGCGUCGUCACCGUCGCUGUGAGUAUUCUCACUUUCUGCAUCACCACAGAGAUCUGUCCGGGUUGCCCGUUUCUGCUUUUAAACAGGCGGCCAGACGUAACCCAUUCGAAGAGGAUGGAGAAGACAAGGAUGGGAUGGAGGGCUAUACUGUGCGAUAUCCUGAGCGUUGCUGCUGCCUUGCUGCCUGUGCUCACCAAUGCCUCAGACUUUUGCAACGACUUUCUCCCAGCGGGCCGGCUGUGUUGCAGGUGCUUGCUGGGAUUCAGGCUGUUGGUAUCUGUUGUUGUAUGGACCCUCGCUCAGUGGUAGGACCACUGCUUCAUGCCUUCCAAGCUCCUGGGCUGCGUAGUUACCAAUCUCAUGUUCUCGGCGUCCUGGCCCGAUUGAUACUGGACCAACUGGGUGGAGGUCAGCCCUCAGAAAAAGCCAAGCUUGCGUCCUGUAAUAUCUGCACGCUGGAUCGCAGCCAGUUGCCAGGCCUGGAGGAAACGUUGCAGCAUGGGGAGCCGUCCGCUGCGACCACCAGUCUGUGCUACCGCUCUCAGGGUAUUCUGCCAAGUGGAGGUGGGACUGAGGAUAUGCUGUGGAAGUGGGAUGCCCUGGAGGCCUACCAACAGAUCGUAUUUGGCGAUGACUGGCAACUAAGUCAACAGAUCGCCAGUCACGUGUGCCACCUUACUCUGCGUGGAAAUGCCAUCAUUCAGUGGCAGCUCUACACACAUAUCUUCAACCCAGUGCUGCAGAGAGGGGUAGAGCUGGCCCAUCAUGCUCAACAGCUCGGGGUCUCCACGGCUUGCACCCAAGUCUGCAGCUAUCACUCUCAGUGCCUGCCGGUGGAAGUACUACUGGUAUAUCUGCAAACGCUGCCAGGCCUUCUCAAGUCAAGGGUGAUCAGAGAUCUGUUUGUCAGCUGUAAUGGUCUUAACCAGAUGACAGAGCUGGUGCACUUGGACCAGACGUGCUCCUUGGCUUUGAAAGUGUUUGAGACUCUGAUUAUUGGUAUUGGGCACCAGCAAUCUGGCAACAUGUUCCAUGAACUGGAAAGUGCUUACGCGGAGGAGAGAGAGGCAGUCUUAGGCCUGGCGGAGGAUCUUAGUUCCAGAGGAGCUGGUGAAGGCCCCAAGAGACUCAGCAAGUUCUACGAAGGCUUGAAGGAAACGUAUCCCCAACACAAGACCCGCAGCGGAAAGGGACGGGGGCCAGGCCGUAGCCAAGUGGAGACCCAACUCCACGCUAUCAAUCUCUUCUUGUGUGUCGCCUUCCUGUGUGUCAGUAAAGAAGCCGAUUCUGACCGGGACUCGGCGAAUGACUCUGAAGACACUUCAGGUUACGACAGCACGGCAAGUGAACCCCUCGGUGGUCGCCUGGCCUAUCUAUCUCCAGAUAGCGUGACGCUGCCCUCCAAAGAGCAGGUGCGUCGAGCGGCAGAUGUUUGGUCUGUCUGUCGCUGGGUCUACUUGGCAAGCCCCUUGUUCCAAAGGCAGUUCUUUCGACUGGGUGGACUGGACGUUUGCCUGCGCCUCAUGACCAUGGUGAUUCAAAAGCUUUCAUGCAAGACCAAAGAUGGGAAAGCAAAGAAAAAGAGAGAUGGUAAAAGUAAAGGAAGCCCAGAGUCCUCAGUCUUACUCACUUCCACCCUGGCUAAUGAAGAGUCCACCCAAGAUACAGCUGAUGCCCAUCUCACUCAUGCAAAACCUAAAGAUCCUGCCAGGAAGCUGGAGGAAGAGUGGCAACUCCAGAGUAUCCGUCUUCUUGAGGCCUUAUUGGCCAUUUGUCUUCAUAGUUCUAACUCGGCGCUACAGAGAACGGAGCCGGAACUUUCUUAUCAGCUCCAGUCUGUGGAAGAGACCUUGUUGGAAGUCAGAGACCAACUCUCCCGGUCAGGUGUGGUGAACUCUGACCUGGCUAUACCCCUUUUUGACUCCCUCCUGAGAGUGGCCCUGGCUGAGGUGACCUCUUGCCUUGAUCCACCCGAGGAGAAGCCAGACCGGGUGAGUCCUGCCUUUGGAGACACUCUGCAGGUGUUGGCUGAGAGGGCGGCCCCAGCAGGAGAUCUGUCUGAGGAGGUGGAUGAGUCGCAGAGUAGUAGUGCCAAGCCCCCGGGUGAGGAGGAGGGCUACGACGCUGACAGCGAAAGCAACCCUGAAGAUAUGGCAAAACAGGAAGAGGGAUUGAAGGUGGAGUCGGCGGCUCUCCGUGAGCUCGCCACGGUGGUAGACGGGCCCGGGCGUGGCGUCUUGCUGUUUCCAGAGAUCUGCACAAUUGAGUUGCAGCUGCUGGCUACCACCUCCCCAGACCUGGAGGUUCUAAAUCAUGUGUUUCACAGUCUGCUGGGUGCUGUCCGCGCCAACCUCCGCAAUGCUGCUCUGCUCUAUGACCAGGGAGGAGUCAAAACAAUUCUGUCUGGCUUUCACAACAUCCUCAGCAAAGCAGAGCCUUCCCUUAAAGAUUGCCAAACAGUGCUAGUGGAGCUGCUUGUUGCCAUGGUGAGCCAGCGAAUCACAGCGGAGGAGCUGGCCCUUCUGAUACGCCUCUUCCUGGAGAAGACCCCGCCAACCGAGAUUUUACUGAAAGGCAUCCAACAAAUCGUGGAAGCCAAUGUGAAUAUUGAACCUCUGCACCUGCUGAAUUUCCCAAUCAUCCUUGGGAGUUCAUCGCCAGGAGGGAUGUCACCCGGCGGCAGGCAAAAUGGAGCAGCUGGAGGGAAAAGCGUUGGGGUCCUUUGGAAGGGUAAACUGUCUCCUGGCCGCAGAGAGGGCGAAGCCGAACCCCAGCCCAGUCACCUCCGCACCUCACCCUGGCACAUCGCUCCACUCCACCUGCCUCUUGUUGGCCAGAACUGUUGGCCACACAUGUCCAGCGGCUUCAGCGCCUCAAUGUGGCUGAGGGUAACAGAGCAAGAGGAGCAGGAAUCAGAAAAGGAGAAAAAGAACCUUCAUUCAGACCAACCCUCUUCUCUGCCUGGAACGAGACAAGUCGAGGAAGGCUUCGUUCAUAUUCUCUCCAUGGGCUCAAAGGCAUUGAUGCUUCAAGUGUGGGCUGACUUCUCCACAGGCAUGCUAACGUUUAGGGUGUGUAUAGAUCCGAACGAUGAGAUGAAAGCUGGGCUGUUGGCUCAGGCCGAGUCAGGAGAAGGACUGCUGAAACCGGGUCACUGGCAACACCUGAGUCUCACUUACACUCAACAACCAGAGGGCAAAAAGAACAUCCACGGUCGGGUCGUCGUCUGGAUCUGUGGCAUCCGGAAAUGUGAGGUGUUUUUGGAUUACACUCUUCCCAGAAAGUCCAGCCUGUCGUCGGACAGCAACAAAACUUUCUGCAUGUUGGGACAUUGUAUUCCUUCAUCUGAGGAGUUUAUGAAGCAGAGUGCACGCUGGAGUAUGGGCACUGUGCUCCUCUUCAAUGGGUCUAGAGUGGGAUCUGAGGAGGCUUUCUUCUUGUACACCAGCGGACCUGAUCUAACCUCUAUAAUGCCCUGCAAGUACGGCAAGCCCAGCGGGUCAUUCUCCAAAUUCGUAACACUAGAAGGACUCAAAUGCGAUCAGGUCCGGGAGCUUCUGAUGAAGAACAGCAACCUGGACACGACAGUUUUGGUCGAGAGCCUGGCAGUUGUGUACGCUCCCAGCAGUCCAAGAGUUUACACCAUCUAUGAGCCUGUCAUCAGACUGAAGGGCCAGGCCAAGACGGUGGUCACCCAACGGCCUUUUAGUUCCAAAGAGGUGCAAAGUGUCUCCUUAGAGCCCCAGGCUCUCAAAGCUCUGCUACCUACUGAAACCCAGGGUCUGCAGAGCGUCCUGCACAAAAUUGGAGGGACGGGAAAUUUCGUCUUCCUUUUUGCACAGACCGUGGAGCUGAGCGACUGUGAGGAGACUCAGGCACUGGCCCUGCAGGUGCUGCUGUCUCUGUGCAAGUUCAACCAGCAUCGCAUCCACGAAAUGGACUGCUACCAUGGUUACUCCAUGAUCCAUCAAGUUCUCAUUAAGUCCAAAUGCAUCGUGGGAUACCACAUGUUGAAAACGCUGUUGGAUGGAUGCUGCAGUGCUCCGCUUCUGGUCCUGGGGGAUGAUGGGCACUUCCGUUUGGACACGGAGUCCAUCGCCGUGGUGCAGGACAUCAAGCUGCUCUCAGAUGUCCUGCUGGACUGGAAAGUUUGGGCCAAUGCCGAGCCUGGAGUCUGGGAAACACUGCUUGCUGCACUGGAAAUCCUCAUCCGAGUGCACCACCCUCACCAGGUUUUCAACGUCCGCCAGUUUCUCAAAGCUGAAGUGGUGCAUCGCUUCCUCCUCACCUGCCAGGUGCUUCAGGAGCAUCUGACCUCAAUCCCUCAGGAUGUCUGCUUAUCGUUCGUCAAAAUCAUCCAGGAGGUUUUAGGUUCCCCUCCAGAUUUGGACUUGCUGAAGCUGAUCUACAACUUCCUGCUAGCAGUUCACCCACCCACCAACACCUAUGUUUGUCACACUCCGUCCAGCUUCUACUUCUCGCUCCACUUAGAUGGAAAGCUCUACCAGGAGAAGGUUCAGUCAAUAAUGCACCUGCGACACUCCAACAGUGGGGGGAAGUCUGCGAGCAGCUCUGUAGUGUCGCUCUCUCCCACCGUCUUCUCAGAUGUUCCCCACGAAGGUCAUCAUGCUCCAUCCCCUGAACACGGAGGCGAUGACCAGUCCUUACGUCCCCCCAGCCUCGCACCGUCGCCAUACACCUCUCCUUUGCUUUCUCCCCGGCUCGGACACAACGGCUCCAGUGAGGCAGUUGACUCCCUCAAUACCCAGCAGGCUUUGGGCAGCACAGAGACCCUGAAGAAAAGCGGAGGUGAUGAACUGCUUCUGAGUAGCUGUGAAUCAGCAAAGACCAUCUGCGAGUCCAGAGAAGCCGGGGAUAAGAUGCCGUUCACCACGCCGUCCAUCAGCGUAGAGGAGGAUCGCGACGACGCUGCAGAGGUGGACAGUUUAACUGAGGGCAGCGUUGGCGUGGUGGAGUCGGAAGACCGGUUUGAAUGGGCCAGCGAUGAAGCCCCACGACGUCCUGACAGCUUAAAAGGCAUCCAGUCCUUCCAAAGGAGUCACAGCAACCUGGCCAGUCUGGGUCUGGCCUUCCCAGCGUCGAACGGCUCUUCAGCGAUCAGUCGCUGGCCAAGUUCAGGCGACCGGAACUCUGUACAUGAAGACUGGGAGAGCUACACCUACUCCCCCGGCUACGAGAGGACACACAGCAAGGCUGAGUCCAAUGACAGGGCGAGUACAGAGGACUGCCUGGUGCUCAUCUGCUGCGGUCUUUACGAUCUCCUGAGAGGCGUUCUGCUGCUGCUGCCUGAUCUCAUGCUGGAUGAUGUGAUGGACAAGCUCAUCCAGCCUGAGGCGCUCAUUGUCUUGGUCAACCACUCAUCGCCUCUUAUUCAGCAGGGAGUCAUGAAGCUAUUGGAUGCCUAUUUCUUCCGAGCCCACAAAGAACAGAAGGAGAAGUUCUUGAAGAGUCACGGAUUCUCCCUUUUGGCCAACCAGCUGUACAUUCACCAGGGGAGCCAGGGACUCCUGGAGUGUUUCCUGGGGAUGCUGUUUGGGAGGUCCGUGGGCCUGGAGGAGGACUUGGAUCUGGAGGAAAUGGACAGCAUUCUACCCUUCACAAAGCGCUGCAUCAUUCCAAUCCUGGGGCUUAUUGAAAACUCUCUGUAUGAGAACUCUCUCGUGCACAACAGUCUGUGCAUGCUGCUUCAGCUCCUCAACGCAUGCCCCAAGCUAGCAGACAUCCUGUUGGACCACGGACUUCUCUACGUGCUCUUCAACACACUCUCUACUCUCAACGGGAUGGAGAACGGUAUUCCCCUGAACGACUACAAGCUGCUGGUGUGCGACAUCCAGCAGCUGUUAGUCGCUGUAACCAUCCACUCCUGCAGCUCCUCUGGGUCCCAGUACUUCCGCAUCAUCGAAGACCUCAUUACCUUGCUGGGUUUCAUGCAGACCAGCAAGAUGCGGCGCACGCAGGAAAUGGCUGUGGCUAUGCAAUUCCGCGUCCUUCAAUCAGCAAUCGAGUUCAUCAAGACCACCUCCACUCAGGAGCCGCAGAAGUUGAGCAGCUCCGUCAACGCUCCAAGCUCACCGCAUCACGCCAUCUAUCAGAAGCGAAAAAGCAUUGCAGGCCGCCGGCGCUUUUCUCUGGCACAGACAGACUCCCUCCUGAUGAGGAUGCGCUCUGUCGCCAGUGACGAACUCAAUCAGAUGAUGCAGAGGAGGAUGAGCCAGGAAAACCCCAUUCGUGCAAGUGAGACUGAGUUCGUGCAGCGGCUGCAAAGGCUUGUCGUUCUCGCUGUCAACAGACUCAUAUAUCACGAUGUGAGUCCGGAUUUGUUCGACCUCCUCAACAUCCCUGACUACCCGGACCAGAUGUUGCUAACACCAGAGCCGGGCGAACAGACGCAAGAUGAGAGCAGCUCCUCGUCAUCUGUCCCGCUUUCUCCUACUCCCUUCGUCCUGCCCCCUGCCAGCAAGAAGAGUUUUCAGAAAGACAUCAUGAAACUCAUGAUUGACGGGAUCAAAGUCAGCAUGGGCAGUACAGGCCGAGGUGGAGCCCCACAUCAGCAGUGGCGGAGGAUCCUGUGGUCCUGCAAGGACACUUUUAGGGUGCAAAUUGGUCGACUGUUAGUUCACACGCUGAGUCCUGCGCGACCAUUGUCGGACAGAAAGGAGGCGCUGGAGUUCGUUUUUGACCCGAGACAUCUGGACAUCCUGAAAGAGAGUCUGAGCCCAGGACUGGAGCACGGCCCCAAGUUAUCUCUCUACCUGUAUGAAAUGCUGCAUGAUCACAAGGACAGCCUCACCAAGGACGAGCAGAAUUCCGUGGGUGUUUUCAUGACCUCACUGAAGCUUUGUGGCCACCGCUGCAUUCCUCCCAACGCUCCUCCUAAGCAGGAUUUGCUCAAGGCUAUAAGGGAGGAGAAGUUCAAGUACGAAGAGGAGGAGGAAACAAGCAAGGUAGACUGGGAGAAGAAGAUGGCCUACACCCAGAGGAAUCUUAUUCAGAGGCUGGAAGGCAAAUCCAAAGACAUCUCCAAGAUCGCUGCUGAUAUCACCCAGAACGUGUCUUUGCGCCAGGGAAUGGAGCGGAAGAAGGUCAUUCAGCACAUCCGCGGACUGUACAAGACCGACCUCAGCGCCAGCCGCCACUGGCAGGAGCUGGUGCAGCAGCUCACGCACGACCGGGCUGUGUGGUAUGACCCAACAUCCUACCCAACAUCCUGGCAGCUGGACCCCACCGAAGGGCCCAAUCGUGAGCGUAGACGCCUCCAAAGAUGCUACCUCACCAUCCCAAACAAAUACCUGCUCAAAGACAGACGCAAGCCUGAAGAUGCAGUUAAGGCCCCACUGUCCUUCCUGUUUGAAGACAAGACACACUCUUUCUUCUCUUCCACCGUAAAAGAUAAAGCCACCAGCGAGCUCAUCAGGUUCACAAGGCGUUGUGUGAGCGUCGCCCCCUCCAGAGAAACAGCAGGGGAGCUGCUUCUGGGGAAGUCUGGAAUGUACUUUGUGGAGGAUAACGCAGCGGACGCUCACGACUGCCAGAGUCUGCACGGGGAGACAGAGGCACCAUCCUUCUCUUGGACGUAUGAGGAAAUUAAAGAGGUGCACAAGCGAUGGUGGCAGCUGAGAGACAACGCUGUGGAGAUUUUCCUCACCAACGGCAGAACCCUGCUCCUCGCCUUUGACAACACUAAAUUCCGUGACGACGUCUAUCACAACAUCCUGACCUCUUACCUGCCGAACCUGCUGGAGCAUGGAAACAUCACCGCUCUCACGCAGCUGUGGGGCUCGGGACAAAUCUCCAACUUUGAGUAUCUGACACAUCUCAACAAGCACGCCGGCCGCUCUUUCAACGACCUCAUGCAAUACCCGGUCUUCCCCUUCAUCCUGAGAGAUUACACCAGCGAGACUCUGGAUCUGCAGGACACGAGCAUCUACAGGAAUCUGAUCAAGCCCAUUGCUGUUCAGUCAAAAGAGAAGGAGGAUCGCUACGUGGACAAUUACAAGUACCUGGAGGAGGAGUACAAGAAAGGCAUUCGCGAGGACGACCCGAUGCCUCCAGUCCAGCCAUACCACUACGGCUCGCACUAUUCCAACAGCGGCACAGUGCUGCACUUCCUGGUCCGGAUGCCUCCCUUCACAAAGAUGUUCCUGGCCUACCAGGACCAGAGCUUCGACAUCCCGGACCGGACCUUCCACUCCAUGAACACUACGUGGCGCCUGUCCUCCUACGAGUCCAUGACUGACGUCAAAGAACUCAUCCCAGAGUUUUUCUAUCUUCCUGAGUUCCUGGUCAACAGAGAGGGGUUUGACUUUGGUGUGCGCCAGAAUGGUGAGAGGGUGAAUCACGUCAAUCUGCCUCCCUGGGCUCGAAACGACCCACGACUGUUCAUCCUGAUCCACCGUCAGGCGCUGGAGUCUGACCAGGUCUCUCAGACUCUUUGCCAGUGGAUAGAUCUGGUGUUUGGGUUAAAACAGAAAGGCAAAGCUGCCGUCCAGGCCAUCAACGUCUUCCACCCUGCUACCUAUUUUGGGAUGGACGUGUCAGCUGUAGAAGACCCAGUACAGAGACGGGCCUUGGAGACGAUGAUCAAAACGUACGGACAAACUCCCCGGCAACUGUUCAACGCCUCUCACAUCAGCAGGGCUGGUCCCAAACUCCUGAUGGAGGGAGAGCUGCCCGCUGCCAUGGGCAUCCUGGUUCAGCUGGCCUUCAGAGAGUCCAAAGAGCAGAGCAAGGAAAUCUCCUGUCCAAGUCCCCUUCCUUGGAUAAAAGGGCUGAAGUGGGGCGAGUACGUCGGCUCCCCCAGUGCCCCUGACCCAGUCGUUUGCUUCAGCCAACCUCACGGCGAGCGCUUCGGCUCGCUGCUGGCUCUGCCGACACGAGCCAUUUGUGGCUUGUCCCGGAAGUUCUGCCUCAUGAUGAUCUACAGCAAAGAACAAGGUGUGCGCAGCAUGCACAGCACCGACAUCCAGUGGUCGGCCAUCUUGAGCUGGGGUUAUGCAGACAACAUUCUGAGGCUGAAAAGCAAACAGAGCGAACCGCCAAUCAACUUCAUCCAGUGUUCACAGCUGCACCAGGUGACCAGCUGCGCCUGGGUGCCGGAUGGCUGCCAGUUAUUCACCGGUAGCAAGUGUGGAGUCAUCACCGCCUACAGCAACCGCUUCACCAGCACCACGCCGUCAGAGAUGGAGGUGGAGUCUCAGGUUCACCUGUAUGGGCACACGGGGGAAGUCACCAGCCUGUUCGUGUGUAAGCCGUACAGCAUCCUCAUCAGCGUCAGCAAGGACGGAACCUGCAUCCUCUGGGACCUCAACAGACUCUGCUAUGUACAAAGCCUCACGGGCCAUAAGAGUCCAGUGACGGCGGUUUCUGCCAGCGAGACCACCGGUGACAUCGCCACUGUCUGUGACUCAGUGGGAGGAGGAAGCGACCUACGACUGUGGACGGUGAACGGCGACCUCAUCGGUCACGUCCACUGCAGAGAAAUCAUCUGCUCCGUGGCGUUCUCCAAUCAGCCAGAGGGCGUGUCGGUCAACGUGAUCGCCGGUGGACUGGAGAACGGCGUCGUUCGGCUGUGGAGCACCUGGGAUUUGAAACCAGUGAGAGAGAUCACCUUCCCAAAAUCCAGCAGACCCAUCAUCAGCCUCACCUACUCGUGCGACGGUCACCACCUCUACACGGCCAACAGCGAGGGCACGGUGAUGGCCUGGUGUCGGCGGGACCAGCAGCGCAUGAAGCUGCCCAUGUUCUACUCCUUCUUAAGCAGCUACGCUGCCGGCUGAGCGUUUGUGUGUGUUCCAGAGUGUUUCACUCCUGACUGGCAUGAGAGGGGGGCGUGGCGUCCGGUGCCGUGCGAGGAAAGGACGGCAUGGCCUCCUCAAGUGGACUGAAGCCAUCCAAAUCUGAGCAACUGAAGUCGCUCUCUUGCGAUAGUCUGGAUGAAGAUAUAUAUAUAUAUAUAUAUAUAUAUAU